UCUUCUUUCAACUAUCUCAAUAACUAAUUUCCUAACAACUCCGUUUUGUCGCCGAAGGAUCAUACAAUUGUCCUGUGCCAUGCAAAAGGGAAAAGUCGUACUUGAAUUGACUUUUUUCUCGCUAUAGAAGACUGGUGUAUGCCAUGCAUUCAAUAAUAUUAUGAAGCAUAUGGUGUUUACUUAGAUUUUUAAAAGGAGGAACCGCGAUUGCCAAUUUUCUCUUGGAUAUUUGGAUAAAGAGCUGUUUUCCUCUGGUUUACGGAAUUGGACAAUUUGAUGGUUUUCCUAUGAGGAAAAAGAGGCGAAAACUUCUCCACAUCCAUCCUUUGUGUUGAAUUGAAGGCCCUAUUUCGGUGCGAUAUUGUGCGUAUUGUGUUUGGAAGAUUUAAUAAUUUUGCCGCAAUGAAACGGUACCAUAUUUCAAAGACACUUGGAGAUGGAACUUAUGGAUCAGUUUUACUGGGAAGACAUGUCGAAACGGGAGAAACAGUCGCCAUAAAAAAGUAAGCUAAACGCUUGGGUUUGAGUACAUUGAAGAAAACUUAGUGGUCCUUUGAGGGUUUAGGCUUAUAUUAAAAAGUGAGAAUUAUAUAAGCUUAAGCUUAUACAUCUUUAACUGAUCACCCGAUAUAUCUUGCUUGAUUUCUUUGUAGGAUGAAAAAGAAAUACUAUUCUUGGGAAGAAUGUAUCAAUCUCCGUGAAGUUAAGGUAACAGGACUGUUUUCCUUGUUUGUAACGUAACCCCAUUAUGAAGGUCGGAAACAGAUUGUUUCACGAAAUCUAUCACCGCAAUAAUUAUAACGUGCUUCCGUAGGUGUAAUCAGACGUUUUAUAAAAUAAUAAUUACUGAAACAUGGGUCUGUUACUAUAUCAAUCAUUUUGUAGUCUUUUCAGAUUGACCUGAAUAUGGUUUUUCGAGAUCAUCAUCCCUUUUUCACUCAUUCCUCUCAUUCAGACUUUUGGGGGCUAAUAAGGCCCUGUUAAGGUAAAAUUCCAACAAACAACAUGGCCUUGAAACAGCGACAUGAGACUAGAUGAAAUGGUGGUAAAAAACAAAAGGAUGGUUUGAAUACCGCAGACAUCAGGCCCCAGUUGUUCAAAAGUUAGGUAGAGCUAUCCACUGCACUAUCCAAGGGAUAAGUUUUAGGGAAACCAAUUAUUGUGCUAUCCAGUGGAUAGUAAUUUAUCUGGCCUCGGUUUUUCAAAGGCUGGAUAGCGCUAUCCACCGGAUAAAUCUCUAUUCUAUGGAUAGUGCAAUCAGUUUCCCCCAAAUUAUACUUAUGGGGGGCUGGAUAGUGAUUUAUCCGGUGGAUAGCACUAUCCAACGUUUGAACAACUGGGGCCUGGCCCCGGUUGUGCAAAUGUUGGAUAGCGCUAUCCACCGGAUAAAUCACUAUCCAGCGGAUGAGUAUUAUGGAAACCAACUACGCUAUCCUCUGGAUAGAGAUUUAUCCGGUGGAUAGCACUAUCCAACGUUUGAACAACUGGGGCCUGGUGGAUAGUAUUAUCCACCUUUUGAACAGCUGCGGCCAGGUCUACUCCUCAAAGUGCAAACAACCAUAUUAUUUGAAAUACAGACUGGGAACAUACAUAUACCCCUACGAGGGCCUCCUUUAUCCUGGAAAUGAAUAUGGAUAUGGUCUUGGUGUCUCAGAUUCUGAUUGUUUAAUCACAAAAUAAGGUGAUACAAGAGAUUAAAAAGACUCCACAUGAUACCCCUCCCCCAACACAUAUACCUACAACCAACAAUAGUUUGCGCAACACCAAGAAAUAGGGGAGAUGUUGGAUAGGAAAAGGCACGGUCUCAAUUCCCUCGCAACAGUGUCAAGGAAAAGUCAAAAUGAAAGGUUUUUUUUAACAACAUUUAGCAAAUGCAGGUUGCUUUUCAUACUGGGUGUUGGUUCUUCAAACAACAUUUCCUUGUUUCUUGACUAUAAGAUCCAUCACCAAAUCCCACAUUCUGGGUCACCCCCCUCUUUUUCACUAAAAUGCUGAAUACCAGAAUAAUCCCUUUGAGUACAUACUUUUUUGUUUUCAAUGAGCACUUAAGUACUGGGUAUCAACAAUAAUAAUAAUUAUUAACAGUUAGCAGUCAACUGAUGAGUAUCAGUUGUGAAUUCAACCAAUACUCUUCCGUGGUGAGAGGUUCACUAAUAUACAUAGUCAUCUAUCCUUCAAAGAUCACUCUUAAGUACAGUUUGGGUGACACGUGGAGAUCAUAUUUGGUAUUUCUGGACAGUUGACUGUAAAAGAGAUGCCUUACACUGGGGCGUUUGACUGUACUUUCUCCCAAGCAAGACUGGCUAUUCCAUACGUUUUGACUUAAAUUUGUAUAACAAACUUUAAUUUUUAGUAAAUGAUACUGAUCAAUGUUGUAAUAUUAUUAUCAUAAUAAUUCUUCUUCAGUCUCUCAGAAAAUUAAAUCAUGCCAAUGUGGUCAAGCUUAAGGAAGUGAUCAGGGAAAAUGAUGAGUUAUUCUUUGUAUUUGAGUACAUGAAAGAAAAUCUCUACCAAAUGAUGAAGAGCAGGUACAUAUAAUGACCUUUUUUGGUUCUUAACCUGCCCUUUUAGUUUAUAGAAAAAUUAAUAACAUUAACAAUACAGCUUAGUUAGUCAUAAUAAAAAUAAUAAUAAUAAUAAUAAUAAUAAUAAUGGAAACUUUUUUUUUGUUUUUGAAUGUACAAUAAUUGUAAAUCUCGCUACGUAUAGGCAAUUUACAAAUGCUGCUUGAGAUUGGAUUAUUCCAAAAAAAAAACAAACAAAAACAAAACAAAAAAGCAACAACAACAACAACAAAAAAGAAAUCAAAAUUGCAUUUAGUCUGGGCUAUCCCAGUUCCUAUUUCUACAACAAAAGAUGUAAUAUGUUGCUCUAAUGGCUAUAUUUAUCAUUUUCUUGAUUGUGUGGUUCCAGAAAAUAUCCAGACCCCCACCACGGAAGGAAUUGGAAAUUCCAGGGGGGUGGGGGGAUCAGAGGCCCAGGAAAUUCCAGAAGGGAGGGGGGUUGGACCAUAAAAUCACUUUCCAGAGGGUAUUUCCUUUUCGACCUGAGUUCGAACGUUGCUUCUUACCGACCUGGUAGAUCAUUUUUAGGACAUAAAUAACUUGAAAUAUAUCACUUAAGAUUGUUCCUUUUGAUCUUAACCAGGUUUCCUCUCUUCCAAAAGCGUUUUGGAUGUAAUUUCAAAGGAAUUAGACCGACUACAACUCGUUUUAUCGCGUCGUCGUGUACUAGGGCACCACUACUCAUUACCAGUCUUCCUUAAAACAUCAACGCGUGCAACACAUCACGCAACACAUCUCGUUGCAUCAGUCAAUUGAUAGAUCAGAAGAGUGGCAAUUUUGCCUCACGAAGCUCAAGCUAUAAUUGUAACCAUUUUAGAAUGUAGAGUUUUUAUUCUCCUUUUCAUUUUCCCUUAAUUUUGUGGUUGAACGUGUGGCAUGUUCAUGAUCGAAUUCUCGCUGAAAUGGUGUCGAUUUCACCAAACACUUACUCCAGUAUACGGCCAUUGCGCAUCACGUCGCAUUAGUCGAUCGAAAAACAGUAAAUUGAACUUGGUUUCCCUUCAAGUACCUUCAAGAUGCAGGGGGUAUCCAUUGUUAUCAUUUCAGAAUUCAGAGUUUUUAUUCUCCUCUUUGUUUUGCAUUAAUUUUGUGGUCGUAAGUUUGACUUGUUCUACAUUCGAAUUCCCGUACGAAAUUGAUUCUAUCAACAUUAUGCCCUUGAGACGAAUAACAAAUCGUAAGCUUGCCCUGAGUAAGGUAAAUUCACAAAUAUAACCGACUUAUUAACUUUCUCUGUUUCAUUUAAAGUAAGAGAUGAGCAAAAAUUACAGAUCAGGUUACUUUGUGGUGGUGUAGUGUGUUUUAAUGUUGUGAGAUCACUCAAAUAAAUGGAAACUGAAGCAUACAAGCUUCUGAUGGAAACCAUUGAGUACUAACCAUAAGUUGCCUCAUUCUUCUACUUUAAUAGUCUUGCUUCGUGAAAAUGAACUUUUCCAGAGGGGUUGGGGGGUCUUUGUCACACUUGUGGAAAUUCCGAAGGGGUGGGGGGUCAUCAGUUCCCUUCAAAAAUGGAAAAUCCAGGGAGGUGGGGGGGUCCUAAGUGAAAUUCCCUCCGUGGUGGGGGUCUGGAUAUUUUCUGGAACUACACAUUAUAUAAAGUUGCUGCUUUUUGUCAAUGCCAAUGUCAUUUGUCAUGUCUAACAACGUGGAGCAUUCAUCAAUAAUAAUAAUAAUAAUAAUAAUAAUAAUAAUAAAAAAAAUAAUAAUAAUCAGUCCUAGAAUUUGGUUCAGGUCUUUGAAAAGUACUUGAUUUCUACAAGGGUCUUAAACUGUCCUUGAAAUUCACUACUUUAGUUUGUUUACACCACAUCAUCUUUCGUGAAAUAAGAUUAUUUUGCAGAGGAAAAUUUAGCUCAUUUUUACCUUGGUCUAAGAACCUGUAAAACUUGUAAAACCAUUUUUGUGCAUGAAUGAUAUCUUAUUUUUCAGAUGCAAUGCAACUCAUACCCAGUACAAAUCAUAAAUGACUCCAUUGAGUGUUUUAGCUAACAAGGUGUUCAAAAGGGGGUCAAAGAAUGCUGAUUUAUGGAAUAUAUGUUAGUCAUUGAAAAUUGUGAUUUGUCCGUGAAAAGUCCUUGAAUUUUGUUUAUCUAAAGUUGUACAAUUACCAUGAAAAUGGCUUGAAAAGUUGGGCACAAUUUUUUCAGGCUUUCUUUUCGAAUCAGUCUGCUUAAGUUGCAUACAUAUUGUUCACUUGUAAGAGUGAAAAUAAUUUGGAACUUUAGAAUAUCAGACAUAAUAAUCAUGCAAGUAAUACAAUGCAAACCAUAAAAUUCCGAAAAUAAGCCCUCUAUGUAUAAGCCCCUCCAAAUAUAAGCUCCCCAAACUCAUAACACAAAAAAACCUCCGUACUUGGAAAUUGCCCUCAAAUACAAAGUAAAACAAAGCAAAAACGGUAAAUUUCCUUCCAACUAAAAGGCUAGCCCAAUCGAUUUUGAAACGCAAAUUUCCCUCCGUACAUAAGCCCCUCAAAAAGGGCCUUUGAAAAAUAUAAGCCCCGGGGCUUAUUUUCGGAAUUUUACUGUAUUAGAGCGGUUUUCACUUGACUGUCGUAAAACCAAAACCAAAGUAAAUACACUAGCCAACCAAAGGGCGUAGCAAAACCAAAACCAAAACCAAAACCAAUCCCUUUCGACAGUCAGGCAAGUGAAAACCGCUCUAACUGCAUAACCAUCAUUCAUGAAUUGUACUGUAGUUCUGAUCAUCUGUUUACUUUUCAGAGACAAGCUGAUUCCAGAAUCCAUGAUUAGAAACAUAAUUUAUCAAGUUUUGCAAGGUCUCGCCUUUGUUCAUAAACAUGGUACGUAGGUCAAACAAAUUUCCUGUAUUAAUAAUGAAAAUUAAAUCAUAGUAAUUAGUGUAACUGUGAUGUUGCAAUGUAUGAUUUAGGUCAUUCUCUCAAUAUCAGGAGCUUAAUCCAAAGUAAGAGAAAAUUAAGAAUAAGAGAAAUUCUGAAAGCACAAACUUAAGUGGAAUGCCCAAAAUUAACAUUGAUUCCACUGUGACCUUAACAGUAGAAAAUUACCCUUUAACCUUGCCACAACCCAUCUCCAGGCACCCAUAAUAACAGCACAAAGGGUGUGGAACAAUACUUUCCAGGACUAAAAAUUCAAAGGGUACUUACCAAAGCUUGGGGGGGGAGGGGGGUGGGAAGGUUAAGGGACAGCUGUGAGUUAGGAUUUUACUACUAAGGUAAAAUUGGCUUGCUACCUUAAGUUUGAGACUGGCUACUGACUGGCUACUUCCAUGAGAGACCAGGGGUCAAUUUAAUAUAACUUUUACAUGUGUAAUUUACAAGUGUGGCUGUUGUUUUCAAACUCUUAAACAAUUAAUGCAGGGUUGUCACUAAGAUUUCAAGUUGCCGGGUAAAUACAACAAGUAGGCGGAGAAUCAAACGGUUAGGGAUUUCUUUUGGUUCUAUUUUUCUUCUAUUUUCCAAUAAAAGUAGCCGGGGGCCACUCUCUUAGUAGCCGGGGAAAAUCCCCGGCCCCCGGCUCUUAAUGACAACCCUGAUUAAUGGCUACACUUGUAAAUUACGUGUGUAAAAGAUUUAUUAACUUGACCCCAGCCACUUAAAACCUUAAUGAAAGCCCUCUUCCUAUGCAAUGUAAGCAAAGUGAAAGCAGAUGGAAGUACCCCCUAAAAACCCCCAUAUAUUACAAGUACUAUUGACAAGCUUUGAUUUCAGCCUUGCCUUUAUUCCAUUUAGCCAUGUGCAGUUAACUCUGACAUAAUAGUCACAUCCCCCAAUACCUUAACCCCGAGUUUUCAAGAGCAUAUGGAAGAAUCUUGGGAAUUAGGUAAUAAUCAUGGUUCCUAUACUGUAAUGACGUAGAAGGCUAAUCAAAACAGUGGACGGUAAAAUUGUCCAGCAAAAUUCUUGAAAAAAAUCUGUUUUUAAGCCAACUGUCUGUUUAUGACCUAAACAGGGUUCUUUCAUCGUGACAUGAAGCCAGAAAACCUCCUAUGUACAGGCCCAGAACUGGUUAAAAUUGCUGAUUUUGGUCUUGCAAGAGAAACAAGGUCACGCCCACCAUAUACAGAUUACGUUUCAACUAGAUGGUAAGGGUAUACAGAUGAAUAGUUUUUUUACGUUCCUGGGUAAGCUUUGUGUAGUUUUAAAUCAAUGUUUGAAAAUUAGAGAAUAUUGUGUAUGACUGCAUAGUUAACUCCAACAAAGUGGAAGCCUGCAUGUAUUGAGAAGACCUUCUUAUAGAGUACAAAAAGUAUUAGGGAAUUAUUUGGGAUUUCCAUGAGGUCAGUUUGGGCCACGCAGAAGCUGUGUUGUGCAGCAAUAUGAUGGAUGGUAUGAUAUCGCUAAAGUAGAUUUUCCAUCAAACACUUACAUGUACCUUUAUUAGAUUGUUGACAAGUUUAUGUUCAGGACUGUGGAUGAUGUUUCUUAUAAUUUAUAAACUGAAAUUAUUAGGAGUUAAAUUUGUUAUUAAAUAUUUAAUAUUAUGUGUUAAUGUUGCCCAAAUUAUACAAUUUUGUAGUAGUUAGGGACUUGUCAGAAAUUAGCAGGGGGGAGGGGGGGUGGAAACAGAGGGAGGGUCACAACUUUUUGAGACUGCAGAAAAGGGAGGAGUCAUGAAAAAUGGGCCAUUAAAAGGGGGAGGGCCAUGCAAAUAUGUUUCAGUGAUCAUGUAGAGGUUCACCCACAGAAGAAAAAAGAAGUUCUUUAUUGUGUAAAAAUACUAGGAGAAAUAGGAGAGUUGAGUGAUCAGCUGUCAGAAUCAGAGUCGGACUCUUAAUGCUGUCAUCUAAAAUGUAUGUAUAUGGCAUUACAAAGAACAGAUUAGAAAUAUAUUUUGAGCUUUCAUAAUACUGACUCACCCUAGUGUAUUGCAACAACUAGAUUUUAUCAUUUAUACAAGAGGGGGAGGGUCAUGAUAUUUUAGGCCAAGGUCAAGGGGAGGGUUAGCAAAUUUCACUCCCAUUGCAGGGAUGGGUCACCUCAUUUCCAAACCCAAAUUUAAAAUUCCUACCUCCCUCCCCCCCUGCUAAUUUCUGACAAGUCCGUUAUAAGAUUUCUCUUGGAUCAUGCAAUUAGACAUUGAGUUUGAAAUCAGUUGUGCAAAUUUGAAUCAUUUCAUGAUUGUAUUAGCCCAAGUAUUCAGCUGUAGCUGAUCUCCAGAAUUGCAACUUCUGUGUGCUUUGCAUAAAUACAUAAAACAAUGCUCCUCUGUUUGCCUGAUCUGUUAGAGUUGUGAGAAAACUGAAUACUCUUUCAAGUUAUAAAAAUUCUAGCGAAAUCAUACCUCCUUUAAGCAUGCAACUACUCAAAAUGCGAAAAUUUAGUGGUUGCAUACGAGUUUCUAUCUACAGGGGGUCUCUUCUGAGAAGAGUUUAGAGCUCUAGUUCUCUGUGGAGAAUUGUUCACAUUUUCUUCUUGUUAGAAAAAGCAGUUAUAGUGCCCGGUAACCACAAGUACAUCCUUGACAAACCGUGUUGCCAUUGAUGCAUUUCGCUGAAUUAAAUAAGCCCCCCUCUCUUUUAAGCCCCCCCCCCUCAAAAGUGUUUGAAAAAAUAAGCCCCCCCCCCCUGCUGGGGGGGGCUGAAUAGAGGAUUUGCAGGUAUUUGAGUAUUGUAGUGCAUACAGAACGUAGAGAGCAGGCUAUCAGUCAAGUGAUCACUUACAAGAGUUUGAAAACAAAGUAAAAUAUAUAAAACUGUCACCCAGAAAAGUGGUCAAGGUCACUUACAAGAGGUUGCAACCAGUGGCAUAGCCAGCUUUCAGGGUUCUCAAUAGAUUUUUAAGUAGGAGGUGAUCACUGAUAAAGUAGAAGGCUCUUCAGCAAAGCCAGAGGUGUCAAAACAAAGCAAAGAAGAGCGACUUAAACACAAAGUAAGCGGCUAUAAAUCCCAAAGUAAGCGGCGAUCAAUCGCCGGGUGCCGCCUUCUAUUGAGAACCCUGGCUUUUCAACUAGUUGUAGGCCUGGCUGAUUUUCAUUUCCGCAUAUCCUGAAAAUUGCACCCAUGACUGGCGCGCACUGACCUCACCAACACUUUCAGCUCUUAAGCUUUUUAGCUCACCCCAACAAUGCAUAAUUUAUUACAACCAGUAGGGUGAUCACGGCAAAAAUUUGUAGGCCCAGCUCUGCAGGUCUAUGGGAUGGCUAUGCCUCUGCCAACUAUAAGGCUUUGUAAGACUGAAACGUUUUUUGGUGUUUUGGACGGAUGGUUGCUUACAGGAGGUGGUCGCUUAUGAGAGGAGGUUGCUCAUGGAGAUUCAACUGUACAGGGCAUUCUUUGAAACAUAUCUCACACUAUCAAACUGCAGUGAUCCAUUUUUUACCCUAGAUACGAUCCUAGUAGUAUGUUCUUACAUGCAUGCUGUACCUACCUUUUAUCAAGUUGCUAUCUGUUUUAAAGAAGGAAAAAAACAAUAUUCGCUUUAUGAUGUCACUUAUUUACAUGUAGAAGUAAAAUUACGAUGACUUUCUUGUAAAUUUGUUCCUUUGUAUAAAGCAGUUAUAUGUGGAGGUGGAAAAUAAUACAGCUUUUUAAAUAGUUUUGUUGUGAUUGAUUUAAAGGUACCGUGCUCCUGAAGUUCUCUUGCGAUCAACAAACUACAAUUCACCAAUUGAUGUAUGGGCGGUUGGCUGCAUUAUGGCUGAAUUGUACAUGCUUAGACCACUUUUUCCUGGGAGUAGUGAAAUUGAUACAAUAUUUAAAGUACUUGCUGUUCUUGGCACUCCAUCAAAGGUUUGUUUCCUAUUGCUUUUCAAAGUUAUAUGUGUCAUGGUAUUCUAAUCCAUUUUGUUUAGUUUUGUUAGUUACUGGCCUUUACCAACCAUGUAUGAAACUUAGUGGAAUCAUUACAUUCAUGGACAAAAAAAACGACUGUUGUACUGUCUACAUCAGCCUAUAUGCACCCCUUUGAAAGAAAAGAGGGAAGCCUCUAAUAGAAAACUCUAAGGUCACAUUUUACACUUGUCUAUCACCAGCUUUAAUAAGUGUUGUUUGGCCUGUCAACACUUUAUUUACAACUUAUAACACUCCUUCUAUACCAUCAACUGACGUGAUACAACUCACUUUGACUCUGAAGAUGACUACCACACAGGUUGUCGAAACGUCAUUCACCGUCAACAACAGUCCUAUUCAGGACUACGUUCACCCAGAUAAUCAAACUCAACCUACUUUUGAAAUGACUCCUGGGUUCAAACCUUUCACAACACUCCUUCUUAUUGUCUAGGUUUUUCAAAGGUUUACUUCAUGUAGCACCAAUGGCUAAAUUAAUAUUUGUUAACCCACAUUGUGAAUGGAUACAUGUAACGGCCUAUGCACAGGAUAUCACUACAUGUAUUCACUGUUAAAGCAGGUUAUUAGUAGGUCUAAAAGUCCACAUUUCAUAAUGUUAUUGCAUUUGUCAUUUAAUAGGAGGAGUGGCCUGAAGGACAUCAAUUAGCUGCAGCUAUGAAUUUCAAGUUUAUGCAUACGGUAUGGAUUUGCUUACUGCUUUACUUCAAUUUGAAUGCGUGUAGAGUCAGUUUUUAAGAAGGAACACCAUUGUCGCAAAUCGUUAACAAUCCUCUGCCUGACAAUGGAGCAAAUUAAAUCACUAACACUAAAGCAUCUUGAUUUUUAACCGAAUUGUCUUCACAAUAAUACCAUAAAUUUUUAUAGAGAGCAGCAUGGAUAAUGAAGGUGGAUUAGUCACAACAUAAUAAAGGGUAAACCUUGUAAUAAAAUAUGGCAAGGAUUAGCUCAGUUGUUAGAGCGGUUGACUGAAGAGUGGAAGGUCGCAGGUUCAUCUCCUGGGGCCAGACCAAUACUCAGGGUUUUAAAAUAACUGAGAAAUGAAGGCACUCCCUUUGCACUGCAAGCGGCUAGACCUUCACAUGGCUCGGAUGAUCACGUAAAAUGGCAAUCCCUUCUCCCGUUUGAGAUGUAAAAAUAGUGUCCCCAAUUAGCACUUUCAUGCUAAAUACUUUAACACUCAAAUAAAGGGCCUUUUUUAACUCUUUAUUUCAGGUCCCAACAAAUCUAAAAGACUUGAUGCAGAAUGCCAGUCCCGAAGCCAUUCAGUUAAUGCGGGAUAUGUUGAUGUGGAACCCAAAGAAGCGCCCCACCUGUGCACAGGCACUAAGAUAUCCAUACUUUCAAGUGGGGCAGAACUUACCAAAACCUGUCUCACAAAUGCAAUCGCAGCAUAGAAGUCAAAUCACACAGCGACAGCCUGCUGUAAAACCUGUUCCACAAAUGGACAGGAAUGAUUCAUUUAAUUCAUCCUUUGGUGGUGGAAAAGAAAACAGAAGAGCUCCUCAACCAGUUGCUCAGCAAGGAAGGAAGGAUUCUGUCAAGUCAUUCUUUGGCAGUGCAAAGGGAGAGAAACAAGUGGAGCCAGAUUCUGGGGUUAGAACUGUUGCACCAACUAAGGUUGGCAAUACGUUUGGCCCUUUAAGUGGGCGGAGGAGAUGGGGCGGUGGAGGUGUUGGAGUUAAAGAUAGCACGGACGAAUUUGAAUCAUUGCUUAAUGAGAUUGAUACAGAUUCAUCAUACAAGAAAAAGGUUGGUGUGGAAACAAGUGAUUAUCAUGUUAUUUUGUUUGUCAAAAUGAUUUAAGUACUGUGUCUUUGGAAACCACUCCUGUAAAUUUUCUAACUUUGCUAUUCUAUUUUUGGCUAUUUUGCAGGCUGUCACUCAAAAUAAGACAGACCCACUUGAUUGGCUUUCAAGGUUGGUUCUAACAGCUCUUGAAAAUCUUGGACUUUGUUAGAUCACCUAUUUUUGACCCAUUCGCAAUUCAACUGACUGUAACUACCCAUAUGAUGCCACAUCCCUUAUACCGCUUAAGAUGUCAUCAAUUUUAAUUGUCUAAGAAAACUUUGACUCCUAACUUAUGCAAGCAUCGGAAUUAAGUGAAAUUAUUCUCCUAUGCAGUGUCUCUUUUUUUAAUUUUGAAGUAACUUUUCUUUUACAGCUCACAGCAUGGCUCAGGUGUCUCGAGAAAGACACCGCCUAGUGCUAAACAACAUUAUAUGAAGCAAGCACGUUAUUUCAGUGGUCAAAAGAUGAAUGCACAACCCCAACAGACAAUACACAAUCAAGCAGUAGCCCCUACAUUCACUCGAAAUGCCGCUUAUGGGGCAACCGGAGGAAAUGCUAUGGGGGGACAUAAUUAUGUGCCAUCGUUUGGUUCAGGAAUGGCAAACAGAGGGGUGGGAGUAGGACGUAAGUAACUGUCGUUUUACAGAAAUAUUUUGUAUCAUUUGUAGUUGGUUGAUGGCUUAAACUACAGUCGGUGACAAAAUUAGUUGGGACACUUUAACCGCAGCAGGAUUAGCUCAGUCGGUACAGCGCUUGAUCGCAGAGCGGGAGGUCGCGGGUUCGAUUCCCGGGGCCGGACCAUUACUCAGGGUCUUAAAAUAACUGAAAAAUGAAGGUACUCCCUUUGCAUUGCAAUCGGCUAGACCUUCGCGUUGCUCGGAUGACCAGGUAAAAUGGCGGUUCCGUCUCCAGUAGGAGACUUAAAAAUGGUGUCCCCAAUUAUCACUUUCGUGCAAAAUACAUUGACACUCAAAUAAAGCGCUUUUUUUACCCCAAAGGACCUUUCUAACAUUUUGCCAACUUUAAAAAGAGAAAAUUUAGCUUUGCUUCCCCCACCCCCUCUAUGCACUGUUAUGCCGCUGUUCGAGUUGUCCGUAAAAAAACAACAAACACCCCCAACUUUGAAUGGAGGGGAGAUGGAAGGGUUUUGAAUUGUUUUGUUCUCUUAAGUUGAUGUUUUGGAUAAGUGGUGUGGUCGCGCAUGGAGUUGGGAUUGUAAUAUCCAGUGGGGUUGCAUGUAGCAAGACUGCAGACGUAUUUCCGGUCGUCGCCUCUCGACGAUCGGGAAUACGUUUGCGGUUCGUAGGCUAGGUUGCAUGUUUUCCACUGAUGGGGAAAGGCAAGAGAGAAUAAUUUGACAGAGAGGGAAUCUUAGGGCGUUGGUCAGGAUAUGUAAGUUUCAGUGAAGUUAUUUUUAGAGGUGGUCAUUGAACGGAAGUCUAAUUCUUGAGACGUCCGCACAUUCUGAUCGAUUGUUUGAAACGUCAUUAAACUCGUCAACAACAGGUGAGCAUGGGGCAGGUACCUGACAAGCUGGUGGAGCCAGGAACUGCAGCCGAGUGCAGCGGGUAACCAUGACAACUCUGUGAGCAGCAUCCACCCAGGCACCGUCACAAUGCUAACCAGUGGAAAGUUAAUAUACUUACCCAAUACUUACCAAAGGGAGGGCUGGAAAGGGAGCAGAAAUAAACACAAGCAAAUGUACACGUAAUGCAGUACGGGUGAAAUGAGAUGACCUUAAUAUGAUAGCCGUUAAAUCCUAGAUGCCCGUGUGAAAGGCUCACGGCCGCCCCUGUGAAUUUUAGGGAAACACAGCUGGCCAGCGUUGUGUAGCAUUGCGUAAAUUGUAUUCAGCCACAUUCACGCGAAACUGCCUAAAAGUAAGCAAUGCAGAAUAUCGUAGUGGCAACUGUUGAAAUCUCUCUUGACAACACUGAAUGAACCAACUACCCAUUAAUUUCAAGCGUUCAAUUGGCUUUAAAAAAAACUUUGGUGAAAUUCACGUAUCCCAAGGGUUAGCUUGGGUGUUUCUCUAUCUCUCCCUUUAUUCUAUCUUAGUAAAGGGGAUUCCAUAGAGGGCCUCCAUCUACUUCAAAGUAUUUCAUUCCUCUUUAUUUUUUUCUUUUAGACUCCAGUUGGAAAGCACAACUUACUAAACAGCCAAGUGGCACAUUUUACCAGCCCCCUGGCGCGUCAUUGACCAAACAAACUCUUGGAAAAUCUGCCGUUGGUCGAACAGACUGGAGUCAAAAGUGA